AUGGCAAUUUAUCGCUCCACGUCCACCACCUCCACUGUCGGCCCUGAGACUCGAGCUCGUUCGCGGCAAUCAGUCAAAGACUCGAUGCAUGCCCCAACGAAAGGUGUAACGGCUCAGAACACCACGACCACUGUGCAGGCCCCCGCGACCACUGUACAGGCCCCCGCGACCCCCGACGCACCCGCCGCCACGGCCAAGGACCCAAACUCCGCUGAGACCCCCACUCUUCCCACGGCAAAUGCGCCACCCAGCAUGGGACUCUUGGCCGCCUGCCCCCCGAGCUGCACGCCCCCUGCUGGAACUCCCGAGGCCGAUACUAUCCGCUCCCACCUCCUGGACCAACCUAAAGAUGCUGGCACCUGUGCCCCUGGUCGCGAAGAGAGUUUUCCGCCACUGCCACCACCAGGUGUUGACCCAAUGAAGGACAACAAUGGAAGCUGGACCCCGGUCCAGCAUGCGAGGAAAAAUAAGGGGAAGGCUAAGGCGAAGCCCAGAACCCCCACUCCCCCUCCUCCUCCUCCUCCUCCCCCUGCGCUGGAGGCCUCCGAUGAAAGCAGCUCCUCGGAAGAAGACGAAAGCGAUUACGAUCCACACGAUUCCACCAUUUCGUACCGAUUCCCAUCGUCGUCUGGGAGUCCAUCCCCUCCCCCCAUCGUACCAUCGUCGCCCGAUCUGGCGCAUCAAAACCAACCCGGGCCCUCCGACCCCUACCUCGCCCUCCCACCGCCUGAAGACGAGAUCCCCGACCUCGACGAACUGCCCUCCAAACAACCACCCUCACCUCCACCUCACACGCCUGCCCCUACCAUGUCAGGGCAUCACCGCAUCACCCUCGCCGCCAACCCCCCCUACUUCGAUGGCGACAAAUCCAAAUACCUGGGCUUUGUGGACGCGUGCACCACUUACAUCGGUGCCUAUCGAUCGGAGUUCUCACAAGAUGAGACCAAAAUCCUCUUUGUCCUCUCCUACCUCCGUAACGAGAACGGCACGAGCUGCGCUGCCUCGAGAUGGGCGAUGAACUGGAAGCAGCACAACUUCGAUGGCUUCCAGGGACUGAAGGCAGGAGUCACAUCAAAGAACUUCCUGGAGGAGUUUCAGAGGGCGUUCGGGGACUCCAACGCGGAACAAGUCGCCGCUGCUCGGCUUAUGGCCCUGCGUCAAAACAAACGAUCCUUCGCGGACUACAUCUCCGACUUUGAGAUGCUGGCCGCGGAUGCAGGCUACAAUGUGGUUGACACCACCGACGACAAAGGCGAAUACAAGAAGGGGGACCAGGAUAAUAUCCUCAUCGAGUUCCUGGAGCGCGGACUCAGCAGCGAGAUCGCCAGCCCCUGGUGCAUCAACAUCGAAGCCAACGCUCUGCGUGACCAGCUGCGCAAAGCGUCGUAUGGGCACCCCACACAACGACCACCUCCCCAGUUCCGCCCCCAAACGGCACCAGUGGCGCCCACACCCGCUCCGGCCCGACCCGCUGCCAACGAACCGAUUCCGAUGGAAAUCGAUCGUACCCAUACCCGCGGCCGCAAUAUCAUCUGCUACAACUGUCAGCAGCCCGGACACAUUGCGCGGAACUGCCCGGAGCCCAAGAAGAAGCGCACGUUCUUCAAUCGGGCCACAAUGCUGGAAGAAAUCGAGAACGGGGACAAGGACAACGAGUUCCUGAAGGAGAUUGCCGAGAAGCUGCGCGAAAAGGGUUUUUGA